AGACCUAGCGAAACCUGUACUCCAAAAGCGUCUCCUUUCCUCCUCAAACCUUCUAUAAAUGCCUCUCACCGUCUUCUCGCCCUCGUCUCCUCUCCUUCCAUUCCCAUUUCCCCUGCCCCAGACGUGCAUGCCAAGAAAUCCUACACAACAAACACUCAGAGCCAUUCCACGCAAAUAAACCUCGAUCUACACGCCAUGAGGCCGAUAGCUGGGCCGGCGCCGACGCCCGCAGCCGCCGCGGCCGGCGUCUCGGCCUGGCAGUCGCCGGUGCCGUACCUCUUCGGCGGGCUGGCGGCCAUGAUGGGCCUCAUCGCGCUGGCGCUCCUCAUCCUCGCCUGCUCCUACUUGAAGCUCAACAGCUACCUCGGCACCGGCCGCGCAUCCUCCUCCUCCGCCGCCACCGGCGGCGUUGAAGGCGGCGACGGCGCUAAGUCGCCGGCGGCCGCGGCCCCGGCGUCUCCGGCUGCCUUCGCGGACCUCGUCGCCGUCGUCAUGGCCGGGGAGAAGAUGCCCACGUUCCUGGCCGCGCCGGUCGUUCGCCGGCUCGUGGCCGGAGGAGAAGACUCGCGGGAGACGACGGAGAAUGAGAAGAGGAGGGUGGUAGCGGUACGGUCACCGUGAAUGGUGGUGAGGCGAGCCAGCAACUAGAUCAGGUGUGAAUCGCGAGUUGAAGAAGAAACAGGAGAAGCUUUAGGUAGUUUUGUGAGGAACUUCUUAAUCCUUUUUUUUAGCUUCUUUUUGGGGGUUUUAAGCUGUGUCCGGGACUGUAAGUAAUUUGGUGAGAAUUGAGAUCAAGAAAAGCCUGUCAAAAACUGCAUCUGAUAAGACAUGUGAGGAUAAUCAGUAUAUUUCAUUUUCUGUAAGGGACACUAACAAUUUUUUUGCA